AUGCCUCUACAAGGACCACGAAAAUCUCUUCUCAUUGGGGUUACGGAGUCGCUUUCCGAGCCGUCAUUCCAAAAAACUUUGGAUCCCGAAGUGAUAGCUUAUCUGAAAAGAGAUCUCUUCUUGGAGCAUAUACAAAUAUUUCGCAACAAAUCCGUCGAUCCUUGCGAGAAUUUCUACAGACAUAUAUGCCCGGCUACAAUUCAAGAAGAUCAAACGAUCAGUUAUCGUUACAUUCCACCACAAAUCCGGAAAACUCUAGAAUUUCCCGUUGGAGAGGUUGAGGUUGGACUUGGACCAAUUUUGGAAGAUAUUUCUUUGAACGAUGAAAAACAAUAUGCUCAAUUCUUACAGCGUUUCAUUUCAGGGUUACGUCCUUUCGGGAAACUGGUUAAAUAUGUGAAUGAUUACAAGUUAUUGAACGAUACAGUGUAUGCAAAGUUGCGAAAGAAAAUCAGAAAGAUGUCAAAAAUCAUGCGAAAUGAUGUUGAGCAAACAAGCAAUCAAUUGAUGUCUCCUCAAACGAAACUCCGAUUCGAACGCAUCUCUCGUACAAUGAUGGUGAUUCUCGGGAAAUCCAAUGCCAAUAAAGAUGAUAUCGUUUAUCAAAACCUUUACACACUUUUGUCAAAAUUAUGGAAUCAACUCUAUGGAAAACAUCUCAGUUAUGAGAAAGUAGCCAUGCAACUCGGGAAUCUCAUCAGCGCUUUUUAUGAGGUUUCUCCCGUCGAAUUGUACGCGAUCUCUCUCAGCCACCAUCUCAACGCGUUCAACUUCGCCGACAGAAAUACAUUGAAAAUCCCGAUAACCGGUUGUCUCUUCUCGCAACUUGCUCGCAAUUCGCCAUCUUUCUAUGGUGGAAUCGGGUUCACUCUCGCACACGAGAUGUAUCACAACUUUUUCACUGAAGAAUCUCUCAUGGCUGAUAUCCAUUUGUUAGAAGGAAAACAAUGUCUCGACGAGCACAAAGAGGCCGUUUGUCGCGAAAUUGGGGACACGGAUGGGAAGCUGGAUUGUAGUGCUUUUGAGGAAAAGCUCUUUAAACCGUGUGAUUGUCAAGCCCCGCAAAGCCUUAAGCCUACUUAUUUUGAAGAUGUCGUCGAUCGAGUGGGAAUUCAAUUGGCUUUUAAAGCGAUGAGAGAAGAGAUUGGAGUAGAGAAGUUGACGGAAUUCGUCUACCCAGAACACGGAAUCACCAACGAGCAAAUGUUUUUCUAUGCUCAUGCCAUCAAAAAUUGUCACGAUGCACCGUAUCAAUGGAGAUCGUAUGGAGAGCCGCAUGAAGGAGCAAUGAUGCGAGUCAAUCAACUUGUCACCCUUUCACCUGAAUUCAACAAGGCUUUCAAAUGUUCUUCUCAAUCGAUGCAGGCAAAACUUAUGAAUUCCGCCGGCCGAACUCAAUGCAAUCAAGUCGGGCCUGAUGUGCUGAAAAGAUUGUUCGCUAAGAAU